GUUGUCCGAUUUCCAUCCGUUUUUGCGUAAGUAUCCGUGAUUGAUUGGUACCUCUGGCUUAAUCCGCGCCACACUACGAAGAAGAAAAGGUGCGCUAAACGUUAGCCUGGCUUAGAGUUUUCUGAUAGGAUUCUAGAGCGGGGGCAACAAGAAAGGCAUUUUAACCGUCUAUAAUUAGCCUAACCGAAGGGGGGAUGGAUAUUCUUGAUUGCAACAGAGAGAAAAAAAAUUAAAGCUCCCUAUUUCAAUUCAAUGGACACGCUUGUGAAAUUGCAUCUCAGCACACACACUACACACGGGGUGGGUAGCGCGAUUCAACUUUGCACGUUAAACAGGGCACAAGCGCACACAAACUCACUCACUGGCACACACCUUUUUAUCUAGCACACAACAUCCCCGCCUACAUUAUUAUUAUUAUUGGGGUUGAUGAAAGGUCAAUCUUCCUUUCUCACUUGUUUCAUCUAAAAACACAUCCAAACAAUAAUGCAGGUUCCAAGGGAAUACAAGAUUGUGGUUGUAGGUGGCGGUGGUGUGGGAAAAAGUGCAUUGACGAUUCAAUUCAUUCAAAGUCAUUUCGUCGAUGAAUAUGAUCCAACGAUUGAAGAUUCUUAUCGGAAACAAUGUGUGAUCGAUGAAGAAGUUGCACUUUUGGAUGUUUUGGAUACGGCAGGUCAAGAAGAAUAUUCGGCAAUGCGAGAACAAUACAUGAGAACGGGAGAAGGUUUCUUGUUGGUUUAUUCAAUCACUUCACGUAACAGUUUCGAUGAAAUUCUCACUUUUCAGCAGCAAAUCUUGCGUGUGAAAGAUAAGGAUUACUUCCCCGUCGUCGUUGUUGCAAACAAGUGCGAUUUGGAGUAUGAGAGACAGGUUGGCAGUCAUGAGGGCCGAGAACUAGCGAAACACUUUGGAUGUCGUUUCAUCGAAACAUCAGCCAAGCAAAGGAUCAACGUAGAUGAAGCAUUCAGCAAUCUCGUAAGAGAAAUCAGAAGAUACAAUAAAGAUCAAGAAGUUGGCAGACCGGGCGUCGGCGGCGUAGGACCAGCGGGAGGUGAACGUUACCCUACCGAAGAUAAACAUGAUAGCGGAUGCUGCCGAGGAUGUAUGGUACUGUAAUAGUGAUCUCUAAUCGAAAAACACAGAUUUUCAACCUGUAAAAACAAAGUGAAGAGGUAACGAAAGCUUUAAGUGGCUUACUCUUCCGUUUUAAUGAAUGAAAAAACACACACUCACACAUUGGGCUAUGAAAUUCAUGCAAGAUCUUUCAACACACAUCCACUAUCAUAGAGCACUUACAUUUGCCAUCCGCCCCUCUAAACUCAAUGCACACCACCCUUUCGCUUCAUCUCAACACCCAAAUACCUACGGUCACCAACCAUAUCAUCGCAUGUUUCAAUCUGUUUUGAGCGUUUCGCUCAAUUAUUUUUAUAUAUACUUUCUUUUUCAUUCUCCCCACACUUGCUAUAUUUUAACGUGAUUUUUCUCUUAUUACUCUUCUUCUCUUUUGUAGACUCAUACGUUCAAGGUGAUUCUUUUCAUGAU